GCGUGAUUCCACUGCAUCUGGCGGCCCAACAGGGGCACAUAGCUGUUGUUGGUAUGCUUCUUUCACGAUCCACACAACAGCAGCAUGCUAAGGACUGGCGUGGACGUACACCGCUACAUUUGGCCUCCAUGAAUGGACAUUACGAAAUGGUUUCAUUACUCAUUGCUCAAGGAUCAAAUAUUAAUGUUAUGGAUCAGAAUGGUUGGACUGGGAUGCAUUAUGCUACCAAAGCAGGCCAUCUCAACGUUGUAAAACUAUUCGUGAAAAGCUCAGCAGAUGCUCAAGCGGAAACAAAAGAAGGGAAGGUACCGCUGUGUUUUGCAGCAGCACAUAAUCACAUUGACUGUCUGCGGUUCCUGCUGAAACAAAAACACGACACACAUGCAUUAAUGGAAGAUAGAAAAUUCAUUUUUGAUCUGAUGGUGUGCGGCAAGACAAAUGACAACGAGCCAUUAAGGGAGUUCAUCCUCCAGAGUCCAGCGCCAAUGGAUACUGCUGUCAAGUUGUCCGCAUUAUAUCGCGAAAUGAGCGAAAAAGAAAAGGAACGUGCCAGAGAUUUGCUAAAUGUGUCUGAGUUUGCCGAAAAUAUGGCUGUUGAAUUACUGGGCAUAACAGCAACAGAAUACAAUGCUGCACUGUUAUUAAAGGCAAAGGACAAUCGUGGACGGCCCCUGCUUGAUGUGCUCAUCGAAAAUGAACAGUUUGGCGUAGAUUUCGUUGUACAGAAUGCACUGCAGAAAGAGGUGGUAUCGUAUGCAUCGGUACAGCGCUAUCUCACUGAAAUUUGGACUGGGCGAGUGGAUUGGUCAUUUGGUAAGACGGUUGCGUUCACGCUGAUGACACUCAUUUGCCCGCCGGCAUGGUUCUACUUUUCGUUGCCUCUCGACACACGUAUUGGACGUGCUCCAAUCAUCAAAUUUGUUUGUCACAUCGUGUCUCAUAUCUAUUUCACUAUCUUGUUAACGAUUGUGGUGCUCAAUUUGACACAUAAAAUUUAUGAAGUGCAAAGUAUCGUACCCUAUCCGGUUGAAUGGUUGUUGCUUUUAUGGCUUUCUGGAAAUCUUGUUUCUGAAUUAUCAAAUGUUGGUGGUGGAUCGGGUCUUGGAAUUGUUAAGGUCCUAAUUCUGGUGCUUAGCGCAGCAGCAAUAGCGGUGCACGUGCUGGCAUUUGUGCUUCCUAUACUCUUCAUGCAGCACCUGGACAGCGAUCAGAAGAUGCAUUUCGUGCGCACGAUGCUUUAUCUGAAGAACCAGCUGUUUGCAUUUGCCUUAUUGUUUGCCUUCGUUGAAUUUCUCGAUUUCCUCACCGUGCAUCACUUGUUCGGUCCCUGGGCUAUUAUCAUUCGUGAUCUCAUGUACGAUCUAACCAGGUCAUUAGCAAGUCUCACUUCUUCAACCUCAGAUUUACUUUUUAGACUGAGAAUUCAUGCAUCAGGGAAUAAAGGUGUCAGAUUUCGAGUCAGGAUAUCUUGUAAACUAUAA